AUGUUACAGUUGAUUUUAUUUUUUGUGCUGAACUUUCUCGGAUUUUUGGUCUUUCAUCAGAUCUGGUUGUGGUUGGAUAAGGUAAGAUUAAAGUGCGAAAGCAGGUUAAACUAGGUAUGAAAUUGGGUUCUCAUUGUAGAAAAAACAUUGGAGAAUAUUAUGCGUUACCUUUUUUAAUGUUUUCAGCCAGAACCAUACGAUUACACGACGAUUCCUGGCCUAAAAUGUGAAGAAUUAGGCUUAACAAAGGCCGAGAUCCAACUGCCAAAAACGGCCAAGCUUUCAUGGGAUAUAUCUACAUCGGCAGGCAACUUGGAUGUGGUAAAUAAGUUUGCAAAUGUUCAUCUGUUUUUGAGGCAUCUGUUUGUUACGUUUGGAUCAUUGGCCGCUUUUCAUUGGGGAGCACGGUAUGUUGUGAACGUUGGAGAUUUGGAGACGUUGGUGCAAUUGAAGGAGUACAAAAAAUGGUUGGGUAAGUGUUUCUAAAAUAUGUCCUUGACUGCUUCAACCACAGUAAAAAUUUAUUUAAAAGUUGAAACUUAAACAACAAAGUUAGCUUAUAUUAUAGUAAGUAUGCUACCUAAAAAUAUUUUAUACAAAUGAAACAAAUUUUAAGAAAAUCUUGAAGAUUUAUCUUUAGUAAAGCUAAAUCCAUUUGCAUUUGCCUCAAUUUUGCUAAAUGAUCAACGUUUUUUUGAUCAAAGCAGUAUACCUUAUACUGAUGUUCGUUAUCAACAUAAAUUGUUUCGUCACUAUAAUUCUAAAGAUUAUUUGACUGAAAAUGCUUUGACAUUAAAGGAACAUCAUCAUAGUAUAUAUAAUAAUGUGUUGGUUAUGAUGUUUGAGGAAGAAAUCGAGCUAAACGCUCAUCCAAUACCUGCACGGGUAUGUUAUCCAUGAUAAUAUUGGCUUUUUGAUCUAUAACUUGGUUUUUAUAUGGAUUUAUUGUAGCUAAAAGAUAAUGUUAGCUAGGCCUCAAUCUCAGGAAUGUGUUUUACAUAAAAUUUUAUAGAUCCCUUUACUGAUUGAUCUUAAAAUGAUAGCAGAAUCUUCACCAAGACAUCAGCUUCAGUGGCUGGAAACUUUUCUUCGUAUAAAAUGA